CCGGGAGAGAGAGCGUCAUAAGAAAAUCCCGCACUUGGUCAAAUCCUCACACAACGUGACAUCCUAUAGGGUGGACACUCGUGGGGCAGCGCGUGUGAAAAUGACGGAAAUGUGACAUUUUGGCAAACAGCUCAGCUCUAUCGGAGAUGAUGUUUGCACUUCGUGCAUCAGUGGAAGUUGUUGAAAACUGCCGAGUGCCGAAUGUGAUCAUCACCUUAUCUGUUGUGCUUGGAAAUUAGCUGCGGUUCGCGCGUCCCUCCUACUUCGCACCCAUGAACUUUUCGGAACGCCGCGCGCUGCCUCAUCCUUUACGCAGACAAUGAGGAUGAGCCGCCGAUCCAGGACCCUUCUGUCGCUUAGCUUGAACUUCUUCGCCCUGUUUUUCUCCAUAACCGCGUUCAUAACUACUUACUGGUGCGUCGGGACGCAGAGAGUGCCCAAGCCAAAGUGCAGCAAGCUGCGGACGCACCAGUGUAUAGACUACGGGGUGAACGAAACGGACCCCAACAAAGUGGUGUACAGCUGGGAGACAGGCGACGACAGGUUCCUGUUCCGUCAGUUCCACACCGGAAUCUGGAUCUCAUGCGAGGAAAAUAUUCACGAUGAAAGUGAGAGAUGUCGAAGUUUUAUUGAUUUAGCCCCUGCAUCAGAAAAAGGGAUGCUGUGGUUGUCACUUGUUUCUGAGAUGUUGUACAUUAUUCUGCUGGUGGUUGGCUUCAGUCUCAUGUGUUUGGAGCUAGUGCACUCCAGCAAUGUCAUUGAUGGACUCAAACUCAAUGCCUUCGCUGCCAUCUUUACAGUGCUUUCAGGUCUUCUUGGCAUGGUGGCUCAUGUCAUGUACACACAGGUUUUCCAGGUCACCGUCAGCCUUGGCCCACCAGAUUGGAGGCCCUACAACUGGGACUAUGGCUGGUCUUUCUGCAUGGCCUGGGCUUCCUUCACCUGCUGUAUGGGUGCAUCUGUCACCACCCUCAACUCCUAUACGAAGACCGUCAUUGAGUUCAGACACAAACGCAAGACCUUCGAGCAAAGCAUCAGGGAGGAGGACGCACGGGAGGCAUUCGGAUAUUUCCGGGAGCACUCUGUGCACUCCAUCUCCAAAUCUGUGGAUUAUUACUCUAGUCAGACCAUAAAAAGUGGCAGGAAAACUCCUAUACCAGGUGACUCGCUGGACUUCAGUGACAUUGCAAAUUCUUUGGGGGAAGAGCAGUGCUGAGUGAGACAGGACAGUAGGUGGCAGCAUUUCUCUCAAUGUGGCAUCUUAUUGGACUGAAGCAUAGUUGUCUUUGGUAAGUGUUCACUGUGGGACGAACACCUACAAAGAUAACAGGUCACGGUGUUAGCGGUGUCUGACACAUUUAAAUACUGCCUUAAUUUAAAACCCAUCGUGAAGGUUCAAGUCAUAUAAGUUUAAAGUUGGAAAAUUGCAGCUGCAGCUGUAAAAGUGACAUAAAUGUGUUUUUUUUCUUUUGUGCAGCUUACAACGAUGUAGAUUUAAAAUAUAAUGUUAAGUGUAACUAUACUGUUUCAAAAGAAUGAGUGUCUCUCUGAUGCUACUAGCCUUAUUAGACAUGUUCAGUCAGAAAAUCUAACUGGGUUUUCAUUCUUGUGAAUCAAAGCCAUAAAUGUAUACUGCAAAUGAUGUGCCUGUUUACAGUAUUUAUGGUACUAUUUAUUGUAAAAUAGAUGUCAAGUUUGUACACAGAAUGAUUGUUGGUAAUAAUGUAUCAUUUUUCUUUUGAAUGUUCACCUUGGCUAAGUUUGAUGGUGUCAUAAAGGUCAAACGAUCAUUUGCAAAACACUUUUGAUGGACUAGAAUAGGGUUGUUGUUUUUUUAAACUGGAAAGAAAUUUACCGCAGAGAAUAAAAUUCCCAUAAACACUAGCACUAUUGGAGUGAUCACAGUCAGUACACCACAUUUCUAACAGUGUAAGUCAUUUUCAUUUGAUGAUUCUGCUUUAACUGGAGAAAAGUAGAAACUUCAUGACGGUAAAAUGGCUAUGCGGAGUGUUUCAAGCAAGUAUGAUGACUAUUAAAGUUCCCCAUUUCAAAAUUGUGUUUUGAUUGACUGCUACUUUCCCACCAC